CGCCAGGUUCGUCAGCCUAAAUGCUGCUAAGCUCUUCCUUUUUCCAAGGCAACUCGGAUAUUUUUGACGAAGAUGGGCGGCCGGAAGAGCUUGCAAUUGCUGCGACACCACUUGGGGAAAGUCUACUAUAGGGUGUACGUGUAUUUGUCGCUGUUCGCGAUUGCCCUCGUCUGGUUGUUGCAUAGGACCCGCAAACGGAUCUACACGCUACCACUGAGCUGGAGGAGCAUUUGCGUGCUGUAUGGUUGCAUUGCCUGUGUGGCCUUCAUGCUGACCUUUGUGACGUAUUAUGGGUGGACGGCCUGGGUGGUGAUGCGCCGGCAGCAUCGUGUGGAACGUCUGGCCACACGGCGGUCGCACAUCCUGUUCAAAUUCUAUCGGCUGCAGAGGCUGAUGGCGACAAGCAACCAGGCGAUGGGGAAAGAUCGAUGAGAGAGAGAGAACGGUUAUGUUUUAAUUGGCUUCAAUAAAUUAAUCAGUUUGUAUUUUAUUUUUGCACGCUAAAUUCGCAUUGCGUGUGUACUAUAUGCGCGUAAUUACAUAAUUUAA